ACUCUGCCCAGAGGGAGCCAUGGCUGCAGAGAACCCCAUGGAAAGUCUCCAGGAGGAAGCGACAUGUCCCAUCUGUCUGGAGUAUUUCACACACCCUGUCACUCUGGAGUGUGGACACAAUUUCUGCCGAGCCUGCAUCAGCCAGUGCUGGGUGGGAUCCGACACAGCCGCCUCCUGCCCUCAGUGCAGAGAAACUGUGCAACAGAGAAACCUCAGGCCCAACAGGCAGCUGGCAAAUGUCCUAGAAAUUGCCAAACGGCUGAGUUUACAGGCAGCAAAAGGAGCAGGAGGGGACAGGGUGUGUGAGAGACACCAGGAAGCUCUGAAACUGUUCUGUGAAGAGGAUCAAACCCCCAUCUGUGUGAUCUGCAGAGAGUCCCGGGCUCACAGAGCUCACAGGGUGGUUCCCAUAGAGGAGGCUGCCCAGGAGUACAAGGAAAAAAUCCAGGCCCAAUUGAAGGCUCUGAGGGAACAGCGAGAAAAGCUGCUGGCAUUGAAAGUGACUGGAAAGGGGAAAAGCUGGGAGUAUCUGAAACAAACACAAACCGAGAGGCAGAAGAUUGUGUCUGAAUUUCAGCAACUACGGUGGUUCCUGGAGGAACAAGAGCGACUCCUGUUGUCCCAGCUGGAGAAGUUGGACAAGGAGAUUGUGAGGAUACAAAAUGAAAACUUCAGUAAAUGCUCAGAAGAGAUUUCCCGCCUCAGUGAGCUGAUCAGUGAGAUGGAGGGGAAGUGUCAGAAGCCAGCGAGUGAAUUCCUGCCUGAUGUCAGAAGCAUCUUGAGCAGGUGUGAGAAGGGGAAGUUCCAGCAGCCGGAGGAGAUUUCUCCUGACCUGGAAGAGCGAGUCAGUGGUUUCUCCCAGAAAACUAUUGCGCUAUCGGAGGCUCUAAGAAAGUUCAAAGACACUCUGCUGUCUGCACUGGAGACAAAAAGAGGGAAAUACCUACAAGCACACAGACAGGCGAAUGUGACUCUGGAUCCAGACACGGCUCAUCCCCAACUCGUCCUGUCUGAGGAUCGGAAAAGUGUGAGAUGGGGAGACACACGGCAGGAUCUGCCCGACAACCCUGAGAGAUUUGACACUGAGCCCUGGGUGCUGGGCUGUGAGGGAUUCACCUCGGGGAGACAUUGCUGGGAGGUGGAGGUGGAGGGUGGGCGAUACUGGGCUGUGGGGGUGGCCAGAGAGACUGUGGGGAAGAAGGGACGGAUCAACCAUGGCCAUGGGGGGAUCUGGGCUGUGGAGCAGUGGCUGUGUCAGUUCCGGGUUCUUACCUCCCCUGUGACCCCCCUGCCCCUGAGCUGGGCCCCCAGCAGGAUCCGGGUUUGUCUGGACUGUGACCGGGGGCAGGUGACAUUUAUCGAUGCUGGUGACGAGGCCCCGAUCUUCACUUUCCCGCCGGGCUCCAUCCCUGGGGAGAGAAUCCGCCCCUGCCUCCGGGUGUGGAGAUCCAGGCUUAGACUGUGUCCCUGAGACACCCGGGGGCAGGGGGAAUAUUCCACUGGGGACCCUGAGAUCAGCCUCUCUAGCCUCACACACCCUAGUCUCUAUGACCCUGGAGGUUGCUUCUGGUCUCAACUCUGUGCAGCCUCUGGACUGUCAAACCAUAGAGAGCAUAGAGUGAGCGGGGUAGAGAAGCCAAACUUAUCACUGCCCCAGGGACUGUGCAGCCUGUUUGUCAUUGUCCUCUAUGAUCUAGGAGGACUCUGGGGAUCCUGGGUCAGACGGUGCCACUGAGGGGGAAAGAGGGGUGAACAGGCCACUGGGAAUGAAACAAUGGGCUUUUCUAGCCACAGUCACCCUAGCCCCUGUGGCCUGGAGGACUCCCGUCUUCCCAGCCAUCUGGCCUCUUAGCUCUAUGACCCCUGGAAGCUCUUCCCCCGUCCCUCUGUGCAGAAUCAGGGAUGAGACGGGGAGGGGGAAGUACCCUGGAGCUGCAGGAGGAGCAGAGGCGCCCUGAGGGGCAGAUGUGGGGGCUGCAG